GUCGCUUAGAUGUUUGAAAAAGCUCCCAAUUUCCUGUUUUUCUCGUUUUCAGCUUCGUCUUCGCGGAAACAGAUCUCUUCCUUGUCUUCUCCCUCGGCAUUGGAAAAUUUGAAGAAGGAAAGAAGAAAAGGGGAAGAAAGCAUCAAGAGGCUAAGAGCUGCAGAUGUCGCGCGAAAGACUCAGAAGGGCCGCUCUCCCUCCUGUCCAAGAGGUUAGAAAAGCCUUCCAUAGUUUUCAUCAACUCGGUUUGUUGGCUGAGAAACAUGGGGAAAAAAUAGAGAAUCCGAGAAAAAUCCCCUCUUAGUAAUCUCCAACAUUUUAAUUGCGAGGUUUCCAUUAUUUUUAUGAUCCAUUGAGAAUGUUAUCCGAUGGUACUCUUGGAAUUCCGAUUAGCUCCAGAUUAGAGCAUUGGAGACAUAAUUCUUUGAUUCUGUUGUAUUGGAGUUUUCGUUGUUGGGGAAUUAGUGUAGGGAAUCGAGUUUGAAUCAGGGGAAGCAAGGUUAACUGAAGUUGUUAAAUAAUGGCUGGAGAAUAUGGCUUCUGAAUUCUGAUUAGGCUUGCAAUUGGGUUACAGUUCUAACGUGAGAAAGGUAUAUCUUUUAACCUCUUUUUUUGUCACUAAUUUGCAGAAUAUCGAUAAAUUGGAGAAGGUGAUAAAGGAUGGUAACUGUUAUGGAGCACAACAGAUGUACAAGUCUAUCAGUGCAAGGUAUGGUCAGCCAUGUUUCUCUUGUAGAUUAACAUAUGUUGUACUAGCUUGGUGAACAAUUUCUCAAUCAUUCAGUGAUGAAGUUGAAACUUAGCCAUUUGUUUUUCAGCUGCAGUAUUCCAAUGUGGCGAGACUAUGAUGUUAGUUGUUAGUUACUUACUGUCAAGGUUUUUGCUGAUGAAGAGAGUCCCUUCGCUGCAGAUAUACUUCUGUUCAGAGAUUUUCUGAAGCUUUGGAUCUUCUUCACUCGGGAGCAUGCCUUCAAUUGGAAAAGAACCAGGUUAUCUUCUUUCAAGUGUAGAUUUGUACCCCCUCUUCUGGCCAGCUUUACAUAUGAAUAGCUAGAAGAUGAGGAAUUUUAUAAGCCGGGGAUUUCUGACCCGCUGGACCUGUUAUGACGGUGGAUACUGUUUAAUGUUGAGCUUGAUGUUUACUUGAAAUAUUGGAAUGUAUGUGGAAUCCAUCAAAUAUAAUAUAAGCUUUGAGCGGGAUUAGUUUCAAUGAGAGUUCCACAUUUUAUGUUUGCUCAUCCUAGCUCGGUAUGAUAGCAUAAAAACUGUGAAUUAGAUGGAUAAUCUUGGUUACUAGGUUUGACUCUGUGGAACUGUAAGCUGGUGGUUUUACAUGAUACUAUCCUUUUUGUUCCAUUCUUUAUUUGUUUUUUGGUGGGGGAUUAGAUGUGUCACAUUGCUUUGCGGGGCAGAUUGAUUGAACUACUGGUGUCAUGUAAUGGGUCAAAUUAUUACAGACAUGAAAUUCUCGAUGAAGCAAUGCAUUAUGCUUUAUUAGCUUGUUCUAAUGCUUGUGGAAAUAAAAUAUUUUCAGGUUACUUGUGGCUCGGAGCUUGCUGUAAUGUUUGUGGAAACACUUGUUAAAGCAAAGGUCCCCUAUGAUGAUGAUAACCUUGGUAACUGGAUACCUUAUUAGCUUUUUCUUGAUCCCCUAGUAAAUGAUUUUAGAUCUCAUUUGGUAGAUCUCUUAUGUAACAUUAUCUUAGAUCGUGUCAGGACAAUCUACAAACUAUUUCCUCAGAUUCCUGUGCCACAACACCUAGGUGAGGAGGAUGAUGUUCACCAACUCGCUGAAGCGCUUGCAGCUGCGAAAACACGAGUAGAGUGCUGCUCGUCGUUCUUGAGAGCUGCAAUAAGGUGAGAUUUUGGAACCUCUCUUAUAUAUUGAAUGAACCCCCAUCCUUAAUAUUUAUGGACUCAUUUUACCACUAAAAAACGGAAGAGCAAACUUUUGGCUACCUUGAUGCUUUUCAGUGGACCAUAUUGUAAUGGCAUCUCACUCUAUUCUUUGCGUCUUUUACACAUGGUGUUUUCCUCUAUCUGUUUAACCUGGGUUAUUGGAUAAUCAGUUCAAUAUUUGUUCAUGAACUGUAUGAGUUCUCCAGUGUUCCAUUUGUUAGACCUUUAAGCAAAAUCCUGAUGGGGUAGUUGUUGUCAUAGACAUAGAGUGUUGUUUGGGUGCAUUGCAGUUGUUUAACUGUUUAGGUGGGAAGGAUAAACCUGUCUGGAAAUUUAGCAGAGGGCGACAAAAUGAAAACUAAACUAAUCACGGCUAAACUCAUCUCUGUUUUAUGUAGUUCUAUGAAGUAGGCUUCUAGGUGCUUGAGGAUGAGAACAGUGAGUUGAUGGGGAAGACUGAUAGAUAGGUGUUGAUGUAUGUGCCUGGUGUUUGCAUCUAUACUUAUGUGACUAUAUUUGGUGUUCUGAGUGUUGUAUUCUUUUUAUUGUGGUUUCUUACUGAAACAGAUGGUCUGCUGAAGCUUCUAUGUUUUGCCUUUUUCAGGUGGUCUGCUGAGUUUGGACCCCAUAGGAGUGGAAGCCCACAACUACAUGUCAUGCUAGCUGAAUACUUGUAUUCCGAGUCUCCUGAACUGGUAUUUAAGACAACGACACUUGGGACUGAGCUUUAUCUUAUACGUCUGUUUGAUCCAAUUGGUUAGCAUCUGUUUGAUUUAAUAGCCAACUACAUCCUUCCAAGUUCUAUUUGAUGUUUACUUUAUAUUUCUACAUUUGCAAAUCUACCCCUUUCGCUUAUAUAAAACUCCAAAAGUUUAUGGGAUUGUUUUUCUUAUUCCACACAACUCAUAUAUUUUGACAAUUUUAAUAUGCCCCAUAGUAGUGGGACGGCUUAAUAAUUUCACAAUCAUUCACUUCCUUUUAUAAAUGUUUCUCGCACACUUCCACUUCAAGUAUUUGCUCCUGUUGAUGACCUAUCCAUUAAGCCUCCUACCGACUGAAUCAGUUAGAAUAGUUUUUUUUUUUUUUUGUUUUAUUACUUACUAGCAAAUAUGAUUCAUGAUGCUAUUCCCUCUAAUCCUUUGUAAAUCUGUUUUUGUUAAAGCAUGAAUGCUUGGAUAGACUUCUUUGAAAAGUACUGUUACAAAUGUAGAUUCAUGAUUUUUGUCCUUGUUUAGAGAUUUGGUUUUGUAGGUGCGAGACGUAGAAUAUUUUUGUAAUUUUGAUUUGGUCUGUCUAGUAUGGACUCAUUUCUGCUCUUCUUUUCUUGGUUUCUCCUCACUUGCUAUGCUAGGCCUAACGCUACAUUACCUUUUUCCAGGACAUGGCAAAAAUAACACUUCAUUUUGUGCGAGGUGACGAUCCUAAAAAGUUUGCAUCGACCUUAGUCAGUUUUAUGGGCAAGUGUUACCCUGGUGAAGAUGAUCUGGCAAUUGCAAGGGCCGUUCUAAUGUAUUUAUCUGUGGGCAACAUGAGGGAUGCUAAUUUUUUGCUGGGUGAAGUAAAGCAGCAGGUGGAAGCUAAGAAACUUGAAUUCCCACAAACAGAUUUGAUCUACUUCAUUUCUUAUCUUUUACAGACGUUGCAGAGAGACGCGUACCCACUUUUUAGUAUGUUGAGAUCCAGUUACAAGCAGAGCAUAGACAGAGAACCUGCAUUUAACGAGUGGCUUGACGAUAUAGGGGAGGUCUUCUACGGUGUACAGCGUAGAAAUCCCCUGCAAGGAAUGUUCGGAGACAUCUUCAAGAUGAUGUGAGGAUGGGUUCUGCCCCUUGCAUAUUAAAGUCUCUCUUCCAUUGUUGUUUUUUCAGAGGGGAGCCACCCCAAUCCAAUCUGGCUAUUCUUCUUUCUUUCAUUUAGCCUUCUUCAAAGGCUGUUUUGUAUUUACGAAGGGCUCCCUCCAAGUUGUAAGUUUGUAGCAUCCUUCCUUUGAAUUUGCUUUUCUUUCCUUUUUAUGGACUGGAGGGUCUCUUGCAUUUCGAUUCUGAUACGUAGCUUGUAUUCUGUUCGUCAUAAAUUAUUCAAACGAAAACCGCCUUCUUACCUCUAAUUUCCCUCCGGCUACUCUCCUGUACACUCUUGCUGUAAAAAUUGUUGCCUUGAGCAAUGACAUUUUAUUUGGUUGAAGAGGUCUUUCUUUACAUUGAGUUGAGUACAAAGGGAAAGCCAUUAUGCGUUUAUGCUAUGAGUUGUACAGAAGGAGAGGAGAGUUGCUUGCGACGCAGGCUACUCACUUCCUCUCAAUCGCGGCGAAAACCACCCCAUUUUCCUUGCUGAAGUUCUUGGUUGUAUGGUCAACCAUCUGCUCCAAACAUACAAUCCUGGAUCAUUGCCAUGAAAAUUGGAUUCAAAAUCUAGCUAUUUACAUUGAUGUCAGGGUGAUCAAUGCGGGCUGACAUUGUUAACG